UACCGUCACCUCCUCCGGGAUCGAUAUCCGACGAAGAAGAAGAAAUCAGAGGAGAAGAGAGAAUGGCCCAUAGAAAUCUCAGAGAUGAUGAAUCCGAUGGAUCCGAUUUCCCGAUGAUCUGCGAUUCGUCUCUCAAUCCGUGCGUUCGAAUGAUGAGAGCGGAAGUGGAUAAUGAAGCUGAUACGAGCUUAACAACGCCACUUCAAAGAUUGCACAUAUCCCCCUCAAAGAGAUGGAAGGCAGCGACCAUCUGAGAUGCCCUGUCAAAACAUUAAUAGUCUUGAUUUCAGGCCUGCACGGUUGCUUGCAGAAGCUCAUGUGGUGACAUUGGAACCACCAGAGGAUAAAAGCAUCAAGACGCUUCUCGUCUAUGGACUUACCUCGAGAGUCCUGGAGCAGGACAUACGAGUCCAGUUCAGUGCUUAUGGAGAAGUCGAAUCUAUCGGAUACAUGGCCGAGAAACGCCUUGCGACUGUCACAUACACAACCCGGGAAGGAGCAGAGAAGGCCACGCAAGAGCUGUCCAUGUGGCCAUUCAUCAACGGUCAGUGGCUAAAACUCGCAUGGGCAAGACGUCGAUCUAUUCAAGAUAGGGCCGAAGCUGAGGCGUGUCCUUCUUCCUUUGGCCUGAAGCUUCAACGCUGGUUAGGCUUGCCAUCAAGAUACCACGGAAGGAAGCGACCAUAUGUGAAGCACAGUCGACCAUAUGUGUUGCACAGUCGACCAUAUGUGAUGCCCAGUCAAAACAUAGAUAUUCCUGACGACUCUGAUCAGUCUUUUGGCGAAAGCCGAGAGGUUCGUGUUCCAAGCACCGGAGCUUCUUCUUUUUUUUUCUGAACGGAAGCGUCUACGCCGGUUACACUUGCCAUCAAAAGACCACGGAAGGAAGCGACCAUAUGUGGGUUUUUCUCUUGUGGUAUCAGUGAAGUUGAAGUUGGAUGCUAAUAGACCAAACUUGCCAUUAUUUACCCAACUUGCCAACAAUUACACAAAAUCAUUUUAUACGUCAGAAGAAAUGACAUUAGAGUUAUAUAGUUGAGUUAAUUUAUUUAUUGAUAACUUGAAAUUUAAAA